CGUCUUGGCAGAGCUAAUACUCCAAGGCGCCUGUCACAUGAGCCUCGCUCCCGCUCCGCUCCCCCUCCUCCCGGCUGGGCUGUGUGAAUGAAGCUCCGCCGGCUACGUGGGGCGCUAGCUCUACUCGCCGUGUGGAACGCCAGAGCCGACUGAGCGCGCUGCCCACCGCCGGUGGACACGGGCUCCGCGGCGCUGGACCCCGGUGACAGGUUUGGGGCCUUAGAAUCUUGCAGAAAGCAGAACCACACAGUUGCAUCUCCACUUAUACCCUCCUUUAAGUCCCCCUCCAAAACUGGGGGGGGCCUCUGGAAAGCUCUGAGCCUGUGACCCAGCUUGGGAGAAGAUAGGUACAAGAUGGCCAUGUGGCAGGGAGCCAUGGAUAACAGAGGCUUUCAUCAGGGGAGUUUUAGUAGCUUCCAGAGCAGCUCCAGUGAUGAAGACUUGAUGGACAUCCCAGGGACUGCUAUGGACUUCUCUAUGAGAGAUGAUGUGCCACCUUUAGAUCGGGAAAUAGAAGGGAACAAGUCAUACAAUGGUGGUGGAAUAGGCUCUUCAAAUAGAAUCAUGGACUUCUUGGAGGAGCCAAUCCCCGGUGUAGGGACCUAUGAUGAUUUCAACACAAUUGAUUGGGUGAGAGAGAAAUCUCGAGACCGAGAUAGGCACCGAGAGAUUACCAAUAAAAGCAAAGAGUCAACAUGGGCCUUAAUUCACAGUGUGAGCGAUGCUUUUUCUGGUUGGUUGUUAAUGCUCCUUAUUGGCCUUUUAUCAGGUUCCUUAGCUGGCCUCAUAGACAUCUCUGCUCACUGGAUGACAGACUUAAAAGAAGGGAUAUGCACAGGGGGCUUCUGGUUUAACCAUGAGCACUGCUGCUGGAAUUCCGAGCAUGUCACCUUUGAAGACAGAGACAAAUGUCCGGAGUGGAAUAGCUGGUCCCAGCUUAUCAUCAGCACAGAUCAGGGAGCCUUUGCCUACAUAGUCAAUUAUUUCAUGUAUGUCCUCUGGGCUCUCCUGUUUGCUUUCCUUGCUGUCUCUCUUGUCAAGGCAUUUGCACCUUACGCCUGUGGUUCUGGAAUCCCUGAGAUCAAAACUAUCCUGAGUGGUUUCAUUAUUAGGGGCUAUUUGGGUAAGUGGACCCUUGUCAUCAAAACUAUCACUUUGGUGCUGGCCGUGUCAUCUGGCUUGAGCCUGGGUAAAGAGGGCCCCCUAGUGCACGUGGCUUGCUGCUGUGGGAACAUCCUGUGCCACUGCUUCAACAAAUACAGGAAGAAUGAAGCCAAGCGCAGAGAGGUCUUAUCAGCUGCAGCAGCUGCUGGUGUAUCUGUCGCCUUUGGGGCCCCUAUUGGUGGAGUAUUGUUCAGCCUGGAAGAGGUCAGCUACUAUUUCCCCCUCAAAACACUGUGGCGUUCCUUCUUCGCUGCUCUCGUGGCCGCCUUCACGCUCCGCUCCAUCAAUCCAUUUGGAAACAGCCGCUUAGUUCUAUUUUAUGUGGAGUUCCACACCCCAUGGCAUCUUUUUGAGCUCGUGCCAUUCAUUGUGCUAGGCAUAUUCGGUGGCCUUUGGGGCGCUCUGUUUAUCCGCACAAACAUUGCCUGGUGUCGGAAGCGUAAAACCACACAGUUGGGCAAGUAUCCUGUCGUCGAGGUCCUCAUUGUGACAGCCAUCACUGCCAUCUUGGCUUUCCCCAAUGAAUAUACCCGGAUGAGCACAAGUGAGCUCAUUUCUGAACUGUUCAAUGACUGCGGCCUCCUGGACUCCUCCAAGCUCUGUGAUUAUGAGAACCACUUCAACACUAGCAAAGGCGGUGAGCUGCCUGACAGACCUGCUGGCGUGGUCUACAGUGCCAUGUGGCAGCUGGCUUUGACACUCAUACUGAAAAUAGUCAUUACUAUAUUCACCUUUGGCAUGAAGAUUCCUUCUGGUCUCUUUAUCCCCAGCAUGGCUGUCGGUGCUAUAGCAGGCCGCCUUUUAGGAGUCGGAAUGGAGCAACUGGCUUAUUACCACCACGACUGGGGCAUCUUCAAUAGCUGGUGUAGCCAGGGAGCGGAUUGCAUCACGCCGGGCCUUUAUGCCAUGGUGGGGGCUGCCGCCUGCUUAGGCGGGGUGACUCGGAUGACUGUUUCUCUCGUUGUCAUAAUGUUUGAGCUCACUGGUGGCCUGGAAUAUAUUGUACCUCUGAUGGCUGCAGCCAUGACGAGCAAGUGGGUGGCAGACGCUCUUGGGCGAGAGGGCAUUUAUGAUGCCCACAUCCGUCUCAAUGGAUACCCCUUUCUCGAAGCCAAAGAAGAAUUUGCUCAUAAGACUCUGGCAAUGGAUGUGAUGAAGCCCCGGAGGAAUGAUCCCUUGCUGACUGUCCUUACUCAGGACAGUAUGACUGUGGAAGAUGUAGAGACCAUAAUCAGUGAGACCACGUACAGCGGCUUUCCGGUGGUGGUGUCCCGAGAGUCACAAAGACUUGUAGGCUUUGUUCUUCGGAGAGAUCUCAUUAUUUCAAUUGAAAAUGCUCGGAAGAAACAGGACGGGGUUGUGAGCACGUCCAUCAUUUAUUUCACGGAGCACUCACCCCCAAUGCCUCCAUACACGCCCCCUACCCUGAAGCUUCGGAACAUCCUGGAUCUCAGCCCUUUCACUGUGACAGACCUUACGCCAAUGGAGAUCGUAGUGGAUAUCUUCCGCAAGCUGGGACUGCGCCAGUGCCUGGUUACACACAAUGGGCGCCUACUUGGAAUCAUUACCAAAAAGGAUGUGUUAAAGCACAUAGCGCAGAUGGCAAACCAAGACCCCGAGUCCAUUCUCUUCAACUAGAAGCAUGGGGUUGUUUUGGAUGUAAAACAAGGACAUUGCGGACCAUGGAUGUAUUUUAUUAACUGGGUACCCAAAACACAUUUCCCAUGUUUGAUGGUGAAGUCAUGUUAGUGUGUUGUCUGUUUCCUACAAGUUAAUCAGUUGCACUACAUAAUUUCUGGAAAUUAAUCUCUUUAGGAGACAAUACAGUCAGGCUUCUGUGAUACUGCGUUAGGAAGGGUUCAUGAAAGAGUGAAGAAGAUGGUAUGGUUUAAUUAUGUUUGUUCUUUAAACUAUUUUUUUAAUUUAAAAAUAAUUGUUUGGCAAUAUGCAAUCACUGAAAACUAUGCAAAGAAAAAUUCCAACUAUUCUGACAAAUAGCCUGCAGGAAACGCAUGGUAAAAAUCAUGUGUUGGAGGGAGACUCUAACUGUCAUUUGAUGGGAGAGGAAGUGUGAACUAAGGGGCUUUGCCUUUCAAGCCACAGAAAGGCAAGCCAGAAGGAAAUAGCGUUUUCUAGACUGUGAAGAUUCACUUAAAUUCGUAUUCCUGUUCCAGUAUUUAGCGCUCUUUGUUUGUUCCGUUUACCUUCUCAUCAGAAGACAGUGCUGCUGCUUUGGUUAUUCUCCUCCAAGUGAAGCCGAGGGGUUGACCUUGAGGGCCUGCUUGUCUUGGUCUUUUGAAGUGCACAAAGUUAAGUUACAGAGCUUUCUCCUUGGCUGAAGGAAGGCUAAUUUUCCAAAUGGCAAUGCUAGCUAGUAGACGAGGACUUUGUUAGAAAUCUGUUAGUAGCUAGGAGUCAUUUAUUCCGGUUUUCUUGAAGUGAAGAUAAGUAAAGGUUCUGAGCAAAAGUCUGUGGCUAGGAAUGUCACAUCGUGUGAAGUCCUAACCCAAUCUCUUACCCAGAUGCCACCUCCAUGGACGAUGGUGCUUCAGGCUUCUGGACUAAGAACAGUAUCUGGAACUGAGUCUAGGUUGAAUGCUGGUGAAGCAGGGAAGAUUCACUGCUACAUUAGCACCCCGGUGCAUUUCUUUGAAUAGAUCACCAGUGCUAAAAUAACUGGACGCCUGUGCUCCUCCCAGUACAGAGUAUGUACCACAGGCCGCUGUUCCUGUGAGUGUGAAGUAGGCUUGAGAUACUUCAAUGUGUAUGGAAGGAACUGGAACGGGAUAGGCAACUGCAAUUACCUUGAGGUGCCAUCCUUAGACAUCUAACUAAAAUGCAGAGCCGUCCUAAAAACCAAGGUGUAG